AUGAUAUUGAAAAUAUUGACACAUGAAAUAUGGAAGUUUUUGAAGGAAGAACAUGAAGGCAGUGAGAGAAUCAAAGGAAUGCAAGUUUUGAAUCUGGUUCGAGAACUUGAGAUGCAUAGGAUGAAAGAUUCGAAGACAAUUAAAGAUUAUGUGGACAAGCUUCUCGGCAUUGCAAAAAAAGUACAUCUUCUAGGCACUGAGAUUCCUGAUUCUCGAAUUGUUCAAACAAUACUUGUAACAAUUCCAAAAAGAUAUGAAGCCACAUUUACUUCCUUAGAGAACUCAAAAGAUCUUUCUACUAUUACCUUGGUAGAACUUUUGACCGCACUUCAGGCUCCAAAACAAAGAAGACUCGUGAGAGAAGAAGGUCAUAUUGAAGGGGCUUUGGUUGCUCGUGGUUGUUUGAUGAAGACGAACAUGCUCACGAUGAUGGCUGCUUGUUGGUUUGCGAGGUUGAAGGAUAUUAUAGUGUUGGGUUCUGAUGAGUGA